AUGAGUUGUUGGAGUUCCAAUGAAGUGGCCGGAUUCGGCCUCAAUACUGGUCCCCCCGGCGACUUCCGUAAUGUCUUCGACUACCACUUGAUCAUGGCCGACGGCCGUGUUUCGGCCGGGGCCAUUUUGCUCUUGUUGAGUGGCCGGAACAUUUUGUGGCUGAGUAUUUGUAGGGAAUGA